GAUGGGUGGCCAGGCUGGAAGCAGACACCAGGCUUUCUGACUCCUACAGAGGGCUCUUACCACGUACUGGAUAGUCUUACACUUCUCAAAUCUUAAUCUCCUAAAGGAUGGCCUGCCUUCUUCGUACAUUUCAGAGAAUUUCUGCAGGGGUUUUCUUCUUAGCACUUUGGGGCACAGUUAUAGCUGACAAGCUGCUUGUGUACCCCCUGGAUGGAAGCCACUGGCUUAGUAUGAACGAUAUAAUUGAGUUUCUCAGUGAAAGAGGGCAUGAAAUUGUGGUGCUGGUGCCAGAAGUCAAUUUUCUUUUGAAAGAAUCCAAAUACUACACAAGAAAAAUCUAUUCAGUACCAUAUGACCAAGAAGAGCUGAUGAACCGUUUCCACUACUUCGGAAACAGUCACUUUGCUGAGAGAUCAUACCUGGCUACUCCUCAGGUGGAGUACAAAAAUAGCAUGAUUGUUGUUGACAUGUUCUUCUUCAACUGCCAGAGCCUCCUGAAGGACACUGACACCCUGCAUUUCCUCAAGGAAGGCAAGUUCGAUGCUCUUUUCACAGACCCAGCCUUACCCUGUGGUGUGAUCCUGGCUGAGUACCUAGGCCUACCCCUGGUGUACCUCUUCAGGGGCUUCCCAUGUGCCCUGGAGCAUGCAGUCAGCAGAACCCCAAACCCUGUGUCCUACAUUCCUAGAUGCUACACAAUGUUUUCAGACCACAUGACUUUUCCCCAACGGGUGAUCAACUUCCUCGUUCAUUGGUUGGAGCCUGUUCUUUUUUAUUGUCUGCAUUCAAAGUAUGAAGACCUCGCAUCAGAUGUCCUCAAGAAAGAUGUGUCCUUACGCACCUUAUAUCAAAAGGGCUCUGUUUGGUUGUUAAGAUAUGACUUUGUGUUUGAGUAUCCCAGGCCCAUCAUGCCCAACAUGGUCUUCAUUGGAGGCAUCAAUUGCAAGAAGAUUAAAGACCUGUCUCAGGUUGGUAAAUUUACUUCUUUUGGAUUGCCCUGUUUCUUCAUGGGCAGACAUUGCUAUUCCAGGCUCUGUUUUCCCUCGCUCAUUAGGCUCCUUGAGCCGACUGUCUCCUGGAGGAUUGCCUAA